CGCGCUGAUGUCGUGUAUCUCCGGUCUCGCUUCUUGCAUAGCGCAACUACUUUUCGAACAUACUUUGACUACUUUUCUCUCACUGUCAGUUCUUGACUCAUGAUACCCUAGAUCCGCCCUCACUCCUUUCCUCAAACCAGACGCCCACCGGCGAAAACCAGCAUGAGUGCGAUUCUGUCCGCAGAGGACCUCAACGAUUUCAUUUCCCCGGGCGUAGCAUGCAUAAAACCGAUUGAGACGCUUCCUAAGCAAGAAGCAAACGGAAAUGCGUACGAAGUAACCACAGAAGAGAAAGCCGCCGCUCAAAAUCCUGCGCCCGCUCAGAUCUCGCUCACAGAUUGCCUCGCCUGCUCAGGCUGCGUGACCAGCGCUGAGGCCGUUCUGGUCAGCUUGCAGAGUCACGUAGAGGUUUUGAGCACGCUUGACAAGUAUAAGAGCUUGACGCCGCCUUGGCUGCACGUCAAUGGGAACUACUUGAACGGGGUCAAUGGGCACGUGCCUCAAGUUGAGGCAAAGAUAUUUGUUGCUAGUGUAAGCCCACAAGUCCGAGCAAGUCUCGCUGCGGUAUACGGCUGCAAUGAAGUUCAGGCGGGGAACAUGAUCCAGCAAUUCCUCAGCGGUCCUGAGGGGCUCGCUGCUGGAGGCGCAUAUGCCUCGAACUUUCUAUGGACGAUAGACACGAACAAUGUAAGAGACGCCGCGCUGGUCUUGGCUGCUGAAGAGGUAGUGUCCGCAUUGGAUGGUGCAACCGAUAUCAAGAAACCCAUUUUGACCUCUGCCUGCCCAGGUUGGAUCUGCUAUGCUGAAAAGACACAUCCCUACGUUCUACCGCAUCUUUCAAAGCUCAAGUCACCGCAGGCACUCAUGGGAACGCUGCUGAAGAGCGUGCUAGCAAAGAAGUAUGGAAUUUCACCCGACAAAGUAUGGCAUCUGGCUAUCAUGCCAUGCUUUGACAAGAAAUUGGAGGCUUCACGAUCAGAGCUUACAUCAAGCUCUUGGAGUGGUGAGGAAGGUGUUAGAGAUGUAGACUGUGUAAUCACAGCCCGGGAACUCAUCUCCAUGGCGGAGGCGCGAGGCAUCGAUUUCGGCCGAAUGUCCAAAACGCCUCUCCCACGUAAGGCACGUGUCGCGUUCCCCGAUGCCACUCUGGAUCGUUUCCUGUUCCCUUCCCCACGUCGAAGAGCCCACCUUCAGAAAGAACGACUAGCAGGAUCUAGUGGAGGCUACUUAUGGCAUGUUCUCCAACGUUUUCAGGCGAGGCAUCCUGGAUCAAGAAUAAAAAUCGAGCGCGGUAGAAAUGCGGACGUAAUCGAGUAUCUCGUUGUUCGCCACAUCAAUGGCAGUGGGAAAGAAGAAACUCUUUUCAAAGCAGCACGUUUCUACGGCUUCAGGAACAUCCAAAACCUGGUUCGUAGGCUGAAGCCAAAGGCUCAGUCAAAGCUUCUUGCCGCUGCAGCUGCACGAGGUGCGGGUGCAAGAAAGCCUGGUGGUGCUUCCGUCAAUGGCGUUGGAGGCACAAAUGGUGCUGUCGAAUAUGCAUAUGUGGAAGUUAUGGCGUGUCCGGGUGGCUGUACAAAUGGUGGCGGUCAAAUUCGCUUCAACGAAGUGGAAAGAAUCCGCACGGGAGAUGAGAGCAUGGAACCCACAGCGAUAGGAGCGAAUGAGCAACGCGCUUGGCUUGCUGCCGUAGACGAAGCCUACUUUUCCGGUUCCUGUUCAGAGUCAUCUUCCCAUGAAGAGAGCGAUGAGGAAAUGGAAACAGAUGACUGCGCGAAUGGUAUCAUGGAAGUUGAUACAGAUGAGGUAGAUGUGGUGGAUGGAAUUUCGAAGAGUAGGAUCUUCGCAAUGCUGAGGCAUUGGAGUGAAGUUACCGGCGUAGAGCGGAAGAAACUCGUUUUUACAAGCUACAGAGAGGUAGAGAGCGAUGUAGGAAAGAAGAAGAUCAGCGACGUUGAUAGAGUUGCUGGAUUGGCUAGCACAAUUGGAGGUGGAUGGUAACUUUGCAUCCAGAUGCUCCAGUAACGAACAGGCAAACAGGCACAUAGACUUCCAAUGCGAAUGACAAUUUUUUCCCA